GGCCGAUCAGCUGUUCCGAGCGCUGCACAACAACAAAGGACCUGGACGGGCCGGCGGCGUCCAGGGCAGCAACAGGAGGGCUGGAGCCGGCCCCGCGCCCGCCGCCCGGACCCGAGCGAGGCGCAGCCCGGCCCCGCCGCAGCUACCUCAGCAGCCCCGCCGCGCGCCCGCCCCGCCGAGCCGCGGAGCCUCGGCGCCGCACCCCUGCUGCAGCUCGGGCCCACGAAUGAUGACUUUUCUUGCUUCUCACCUAAGCUGAAUAAGCACCCUGUGCACUUUAAUCUCCUGUCUGUGCUGUUGGGUUAACUGAAGAUAGAAUUUUGAAAUCUCAGCUAUAAAUACACCCAGCCAAAGUCUCAGUCUUGCCUUAAUAAUGUUCCAGAGGCUGAAUAAAAUGUUUGUGGGUGAAGUCAAUACUUCUUCCAACCAAGAACCAGAAUUUAGCGAGAAAGAAGAUGAUGAAUGGAUUCUUGUUGAUUUCAUUGAUACUUGCACUGGUUUCUCAGCAGAGGAAGAAGAAGAAGAAGACAUCAAUGAAGAAUCACCUACAGAGCACCCUUCAGUUUUUUCCUGUUUACCUGCAUCUCUGGAAUGCUUGGCUGAUACAAGUGAUUCCUGUUUCCUCCAGUUUGAGUCCUGUCCAAUGGAGGAGAGCUGGUUUAUCACCCCUCCCCCAUGUUUUACUGCAGGUGGAUUAACCACUAUCAAGGUGGAAACAAGUCCUAUGGAAAACCUUCUCAUUGAACAUCCCAGCAUGUCUGUCUAUGCUGUGCAUAACUCCUGCCCUGGGCUCAGUGAGGCCAGCUGUGGGACUGAUGAAUUUCAUAACCCAAGUAGUCCCAGAGUGGAAGCCCAGAGUGAGGUGGGGCAGCACAUCCACUGCUAUGUCGCAGCUCUCGCUGCUCAUACAACUUUUCUGGAACAACCCAAGAGCUUUCGCCCUUCUCAGUGGAUAAAAGAACAUGGUGAAAGGCAGUCUCUGAACAGAAAUAGUCUUCGUCGCCAAAACCUUACCAGGGAUUGCCACUCCCGGCAAGUCAGGCACAGUGGCUGGGUGGUUCAUCAGCCCUGCCCGCGUCAGUACAAUUACUAAGAAUUUCAAGUUUUGCUGGUUGGUUUCUCUUGGUUUGUGCAUCUGUGUGGGGAUGUACGUAUAUGUACAAUGAAAAUGCUGUCUCCGUAGCCAGUCGAUGACCAAUCACAUAGUUUAUGGGUGUAUUUAGACACUAUCUUAAAAACCAGAUUUCUAUGCCGUGUAUCACAUAAUGCCUUGCUCCUAACAUUUACUUUUUUUGUAAACUUUUUCAAAAUAUUUUUGGAACUAUGUCAAUACAUUUACAGUGUUUGGUGUUUGGGGAUGUCUUUAAAUCUAUUAAGGUGUACACAAGUUAGUCAGCAUUUUAAAGACAUUUCUUCCCCCAAAUACGAGAAUAGGCAUCUUUCAAUUUUCAUUUUAUUUUGUAUUACUUAAUCUUUUGAGUAAGCAAAAAUUUAUUCUCAGGGUCAGCCAUACACUUUAUUGACCAGUACUUGAUAAUCUUUUCUGUAUAUAAUGAAUACAUUUUUACACACUAACAUGAGCAUUAACAGGUGAUAGUUGCCAUGGAUAUAAUGGAAUUAUGGCUGGACUUUCUUUUGAAAGAAAACUUGAUAUUUUCUGUGUGUGAUUUUUUUUUUUUUUUCCAGAUUAGUCAUGCAGUUCAUCGUGGAAUUCAGGUACAUUAAGCUUUAGUAAACAGUCAUUCAGUAAUUCCGAUGGGACUACGUGAUGUGGUACAGAUCAGGUGUCAUGGACAAAAGCACUUGUCUCAUGUGCAGAGGGAAGAAAUUAGACCUGUGAAAUUAUAUUUGAAAAAACCCAUGUCUGUAAGUAACCCAUUAGUCCAUAUUUAAGUUGUUUGGAUUCUUUCCUGCGAGCUCUGCCCACUCUCCUCCUUAUAGCAGCUGUAAAUUCAGAUGUACUUGUCCAGACACUUGAGUGACUUUUCAUACUUCUGUCUCCCCACAAGAAAAGUGAUGGACUUCUUAUUUCUAGAAACAGUGAAAACCUCUGAUGUGGAGCUUGUCCUGCCAAGGGACAAGCAAGGGUGAGGGGGGACUUCUGGUGACGUCUUCAUCGCACCUGUGAGAAGAGUGACAGGUGGCUUCCUUGAGUUUUCAUUUUUUGUUUUCAGGCAAAAUCUUGAACCACUUUGGCCCCUGUUUCCUCCACAACAGGAGAGUAAUAACAUUCACCCCCCUCACAGGGUUGUUGUGAGGAUCGCACACUGAUGGGAAACGGGGCUGUCCACGACUGGACCUCGUGUGAACUUCCAAGGGCCUUUCUACUGAAUCUAGUGAUGGCGGGCUGUCGCAGUUCUUCUGCCACAAUUGUUCUUCACGGUGUUGGUGCUAAUGAGGCCAGGGCGCAGGGUUCAGCUCACAUGAAGGCCAGUUAACUUGACUCUUUCUGCACCUCUAGCCAGUUGCUUCAUUUCUCACCACUGUGAUGGCUUCUGCGGAUCUGUCCCCGCACUCACUGCGGACUUCCUCUGAAAUUAACUUAAACGCAUUCACAUCUGAAAGCUCAUGCUACUGACAGAAGAGUAGCACUGCCUGCAUAAUCAAACAGCUUGUUUGUCCAUCUCCUCAAUCCUAAGUACGUGAGCGCAUGUCUAUGAAAUGUUCUCAAGGAAAAGGCAGCAUACUAGUCCUGUGAAGUAUUAAUUGUCACUAACCCUGUAGCAGCUUGAUGUAGGGAACCCUGGGAGACUUUCAGGAAGAGCUGUGCUCUUUUCUGACUAGACUGGGGAAUUAGAGUUGGAAGAGGUCAAAUAUGUAGUUAGUUGGUGGUUUAGAUUGUUCUUCCACUGGCUGUAAUGAAGUGCCAGAUGUCUCCUUAGAACAAGAGUCUAAAUCCCCCUCUUUCUUUAUUCGCGUUUUCUAUGGACUUCCCCUUUUAUUUAUUUGUUUUCUAUUUAGGGGCCAAGUCUGUAAAGUUUUGUCAAACUGAGAAGUUAUUUGUUACUAUUUGUGUUUACCAGAGUUGGGAGAGAUUUCAUGAAGGUGUGUAUGUGUUACACCACGUCUGUUCUAGGGCCUCACAUUGGUAACUUGAAAACAGACCAGCAAGGUGUCUUUUGGACCUAGCUUCUGCCUUCAGGGGCCUCUUUCGUACAUUGCAUGCAAGUUGUUAGUACCUCACAAGCUACAGAAGUUCAGCCAUGAGAAUUUGUUAGGCAGCAUGAACAGAUUUGUAUAUAAAUUUCAAUAGACUUUUUUUUUUAACUACUUUUUAGUUCAGACUUCUUGAUACCUUAAAUACAUUUACAUCUCUAUCAGUUAUUGACUUUUUGUUUGCCUUAUCUGGGCCUUGUUUUUUUAUGCUUUAUACCUGGAAAACAAAAAAAUUCAGUCACUGUUUUUUUUUUUUUUUUCCUCAGAAUUAGGAUUACCUUACCACCUGUGAUAGAGUACUGUGGUUUCAUGGCAGUAUCUAAGAUUUCUGUCUAAAAUUGGCACAUGUAAGAAUUGAAGAAAAUGGCUACAUAAUGCAGCUGAAGUUUUUGGUCGUGAGAUGUUUAAGAGGCAUUGACCGUGUGUAAGACACAAGGCCAAUAACAGAAUGUUGACUUGUUACGUAUUCUUUGUCACAUGGCCAAAAUGCAUUUUGUGAGUUGAUUGUUAUUUUUGCUGUUGUAAUUAUUAGUGGUUUACAAUGCACAUUUGUGCAUAUUACUUAAAAAUUCAGGCAGUGAGAAAUAAGACCCCUCUGAAUUUAGGAGCUCUGACUGUUUCUAAACUGAUAACAUAGAAUGUUACUUGGAAAAAGUCUGGAAUAUGUGGUGCACACAGGCAGUGCUUCAUGAAUAGAUUUCUGACCUUUUACAAUGCACCACAUUCAUCAAAGUUUAUGUUUUCAUUAAUAAAGUAUUUUAUAAUGUAUACCCUAUGUUUAUUACUUUUUCUGCCUCAGCUAAUCGAAUUACGUUCUGCACUGUAAGUUGAAGAUUAGCUAUCCGUUAUUUAUCUUCUGUAGCAAUGCUUUAUGUGGCUGAGUGGGUGGGGACUUUUUUGCAGAAAAUGCAAAGUGAUUGGAUUGUAGACUUCCCAUUGCAGGGAGCUCCCCCCAAUACACAGACAUUAGUUUCCUGUAUAUUUUUCCAAUUCCCAUGCAAACUGUUCCUGUUUACAUACCUUCUUUGUUCUAUCAGUUCUUUGAUUCCAGCAAGAAGAUGGUUUACUUAAAACUUGAGAGGGCCAUUCAGCAUUGCUUGUUGUUCUUGCUUCUCAAAUCUGUAUAGUAGACUGGUUUCUUAAUGCUAGUGUGUUGAAAUUUGAAUUACAUUGCUCUCUCUUCUUCUUCCUUAAGGAAAUAUAUUUUCUUUUUUAUAUUCUUAAAAAGAGCAAGGAAGGACAUCUUCAUGAUUCUCAUCUUCUUUGAGUUGGAAACAAAAAAUGAAGGAAUCCAACUAGAAGAUAGACAUCUGCAUUUAAAUAGAUUAGUGAGAAAAGUUUCCAAGUAUUAGUUUCUGUUUUAGAAUCAGUUAAGAGACUGCUCCUUUUACUGGGAGAUACUAGUAUGUUUGUUAUGUUACCUUGAAAGUAUCUUUUAUUUUAUAAGGCCCAUAAAUACUAGUUUAACUCUUUUAAAGAUGGGUUCCUAUCAUGGAUAGUUUCACAGCCAUCAGCCAUGCUGAUGUAUUGUAAAUGACAUCCCUAUCUACUUAUUUUAAAACUUAAAAUUUUAUAUAAAAUGCUUUAUUUAGAAAACUUACAUAAUAAAAUGGUGUCAGCCUUGCCAUGUAGCAAUUUCACUUGAAAUCUGACACCGAUUAAAGAGGUUCAAAUGGAGAAAGGGGUACCUGCAAGGUACAGAUCAGGAGAACUUUUCUUUGUAACAGUGUCCUUCAUGUGGAAAGAGAAGUUCCUAUUCUGAGGAAGGCAGCUUAUGUGGAUAAUGUUUGUAUAUUGUUGAGAAUUUUCCUUAUGACAUUUUAAAAAAAUGUGUAAUUGUUAAAUGCCCAGUUUUGCUCUGUGUUUGCCUGAAGUUCUAGUUUUCUAGGUGGACUUGUGUAAAAUCCAAACCAGCACUUGGGGAGGUUGGUGUGUGUUCAGGCUUGCAGUGUGUGAGUGGUUUUGUUUCCCUUUUGGUUGUUUCCUCCAGAGGUUUUGAACUUUAAUUAAUAAUUCUGUAUGUUAUUUUUUAAAAAGUGACUUUAUGUUUUUCUCAAGUAAAAUGGUGAACACAUUUGCUUUUCAAGGGCAGGGCAUAAGUUAUGGAAACUGAAAAGUGUUGUAGAUUGUACUAUGUGCCUUCUUAAUGUAUUCCUGGACACACCUUUUUUUUCAUCAACUUGAAAACUCAAAAGGGACAUUUGGUUAGGUUAUAUCCUAUAGACAUCAAUCUAUGCAUAAAUGGCAGCUUGUUUUCUUGAGCCACUGUCUAAAUUUUUUUUGUUUUUAUGGAAAUUUUUUAUACUGAUUGGUUCAUAGAUGGUCAGUUUUAUACAGAGUGAACAAUACAGCACUUUGCCAAAAAUAAGUGUAGCAUUGCUUAAACAUUGUGUAUUAACACCAGUCCUUUGUAAUCGGGUUCAGUGGUGCAUUUUGCACUGCCCGGAGUUUUGGUUUUUAUUCUGUCAGUAAAUAAAAUGUCCUUUAACGUCA